GUACAGCCGGACCAAUGGUGACGAGUGAUGCGGGCAUGUGGUGCGGAUCCGAUAAUCGGCGAUCGUCGUUAUCAGCGCCGGCCGCGGUGUCCGGCGCGGACGCAGCUCUGCACGCAGCGACACUCCAUCCCCGGGGCGCGUCGCAAGCGCUAGUCUGCUGCUCAUCCUGAUAAACUUCCUCUCAUUUAUUAUCGCUGCGCUCUAUCAUUAUACACAAACAACACUGGCGCAAACAGUCGAUUAUUCACGAUGUAUCGAGAGAACAACGGCCCAGUCCUGGAGGACGUCCUGCUAAACGACCAAUACUUGUACGAAUAUUCACCGGCCGAAAGCAUCAUCAACUUCGAACUACCGUCUACUUUCAACACAGGAAACAGUGAUUUUUUCAGUGAUUUCGAUUUCAAUUGUGACACUUUUGUUAGUGAAAAUAAGGAUGAUUUUAACUUUAUGGACUGUUCCGUUACGUUUGAUUUUGAAGCGUUCGAUAAGGACAUUGACGACUAUCUACUAGAAGCUCUCAACAGUGAUCGAUCAAAUGAUGCCCUUCACUCUGUUACGGAUUCAUCAGACAGCGGGGAAGAUUUUGGAAGAUUAUCAGUUUUUGGAACACAGUUAGAAAGCAUGUGCGUGCCGAAUACACAUGACUAUUUAAGUCCUAUACAACAGAACAGGACUACAAGACCGAGAGACACCGAAACAACUGAAGUUCAAAAACGAACGUUCAGCGAGCCGGCUUAUUGUCAGGAGCUGGGUGCGUUCCGAUGUCCGGUAGAGGAGUGCGGCAAGUUGUACGCGAAGGCCUCGCACGUCCGCGCGCACCUGAGACGGCAUAGUGGCGAGAAACCUUACCGCUGCACUUGGCCAGGUUGCGCGUGGCGAUUUGCGAGGUCCGACGAGCUGGCGAGACACCGUCGUAGCCACUCCGGCGAUAAACCAUACUGCUGCAGAGAGUGCGGUAAGCGGUUUGCUCGAUCCGACCAUCUCGCGAAGCACGGUCGAGUGCAUGCCAGGAGAGCUGCGGCCGCGGCCGCUGCAGCAGCUAAACGCAAUGCUCCACCCCAGACACAUCGGAUGAGGCGACUAUUGUGACUUAACUUUAAGCUAUACUUAGUUAUAAGACACAAGUUGAUAAUUUGAUUGAUCUGCAUUUAUUUCGAAAUUGACGACAAUACCUAUUGGUUAACAACAUUAAUUGGCAUCGUAACAUUUCAAAUAAAGAAAUGCCUAAACAAAUUAUUUUUAAUAGUUGUUAGUUGCCUACUUAAAUAAAAUUGAAGAAUAAAAACCGCGCGGGCGCGUAUUUACUAAAUGUUACGAGAUAAUGUAUAACUGUGUAAACUAUAAAUUAGCUCUAAUAUAAA